AUUUUUUUUAUUUUGGACUGUAAUAGGGAACCAAAGGAUUUCUUAGGAUGGUUAGUGCUUGGUUUUCUUUUUCUUUCUUCAUAAACAAGUUUGUGCGAACUGAAAUUGAAAAACUUGGGCAUGCAAGGCUAGCUGGCUUUACAGAAUGGAAAAUCUUGUAUGUUUUCUGUGAGGAGAAGAAUGGUCUGCUGCAGAAAGAAACAAUCAAAGCUGUCUACGACGGAAGCAUCUUCGAGCGCAUGGAGAAGGAAAAGGAAUCUGCUAAAAAAAAUGCUUAAUUAAUUAGCCUUAACAUUCAACAAUAAAAGAAUUAUGGGGUUCGAAAAUCUUCUCUCGCCGUCGCUGCUAGGGUUCUCCUUCUCCGACGCGCGCCUCUCACCUCGGUGCCCCUCCUUACUUUUGCAAGGCCUCCCUCCUCCUUCUUUUUCCUUGUUGCCUUCUGCCUCUCCAUUCCAUGGAUCAGACUCGUAUUUUGGCCUGGAACUGUCGAGGUCUUGGAUAAACUUCUACGAUUUCAGAGUUGAGAAAACUCUAUUUCCAACAUAAGCCCAGCAUCAUCUUCCUUUCUGAAACAAAGCACACAGCGGUGGAGAUGACUUUGAUUCGCCCAGAUCUAGGUUUUGAUCAGUGUUUUGUUGUUGAUUGUGUAGGAAGGGGGGGCGGCCUCGCUAUGCUCUGGCGUGACGAUUUUAACCUAACUAUUUCCACUUUCUCCCAAUCUCACAUAGAUGUGGAAAUUGUUGAUCCGAGUGGGGGUGAAUGGAGACUCACAGGGUUCUAUGGACGUCCGAAGGUUGCCCGAAAAGAGGAAUCAUGGACCCUAUUAAAAUCAUUCAAGGCUACCUCUUCUCAACCGUGGCUGUGCUUAGGUGAUUUCAAUGAAAUUCUGUGGCAAUCGGAAAAGGCAGGAGGGAACCAUCGACCAUAUAAACAAAUGGAAGUCUUUGUAGAGGCCUUAAACUUCUACGACUUAAAAGCUGGUAAAGGGGCUCUAGAUCCCUUAUUAACCUAUGGUAGCCAGGGAUUGUUGAGGAUUGGAACAGAUGGGCACAUUUUUGGGUGCACUUACAGACAAUACCUGACGACUGCUUAGAGGAGGACCAUACCCCUCAUCUUGCUGAUUAU